UCUCCUCAACACACCGACAUGAAGAUUACUUCCACUGGCUUACUUGCUCUCUCAUCUUUACUGCCGUUUGCGCUCGGUCAGUCUCAGUUAUAUGGCCAAUGCGGCGGUAUAGGCUGGAGUGGCGCGACUACCUGUGUUUCCGGCGCGACCUGCACGGUCGUAAACGCUUACUACUCACAGUGCCUUCCUGGUUCGGCCUCGGCACCUCCAACUUCGACAAGUAGCAUCGGAACAGGAACUACUACUUCAUCCGCGCCCGGAAGCACUGGAACCACGACACCUGCUGCCGGCAACCCCUUCACUGGUUACGAGAUCUAUCUCAGUCCUUACUACGCCAACGAAAUAGCUGCUGCAGUCACGCAGAUCAGUGAUCCUACCACUGCCGCUGCCGCAGCUAAAGUCGCAAACAUCCCCACGUUCAUUUGGCUGGAUCAAGUUGCCAAAGUACCAGAUUUAGGAACGUACCUGGCGGAUGCUAGUGCCAAGCAAAAGUCCGAAGGAAAGAAUUACCUCGUACAGAUUGUAGUAUACGACCUCCCAGACCGCGACUGUGCUGCUUUGGCGUCCAACGGAGAAUUCACCAUUGCUGAUAAUGGCGAAGCAAACUACCACGACUAUAUUGAUCAAAUCGUGGCACAAAUCAAACAAUACCCCGAUGUCCACGUUGUUGCUGUUAUUGAACCUGACUCUUUGGCCAACCUUGUCACAAACCUCAGCGUCGCCAAGUGCGCGAACGCCCAGACCACUUACUUGGAAUGUGUCACAUAUGCCAUGCAACAACUCUCUGCCGUCGGCGUUACCAUGUAUCUCGAUGCUGGUCAUGCCGGCUGGUUGGGCUGGCCGGCGAAUUUGUCACCGGCUGCUCAGCUCUUCACAUCCUUAUACUCCAAUGCUGGGUCACCCUCUGGCGUUCGAGGACUUGCUACCAACGUUGCCAACUAUAAUGCCCUCGUUGCUACUACACCAGAUCCUAUUACCCAAGGUGAUCCCAACUACGACGAGAUGCUUUACAUCGAGGCUCUGGCUCCUUUGCUUGGCUCCUUCCCUGCUCAUUUUAUCGUUGACCAAGGUCGUUCAGGUGUCCAGGACAUCAGACAGCAAUGGGGUGACUGGUGUAACGUUCUUGGUGCUGGAUUCGGAACGCAGCCUACGACUAACACCGGAUCAUCCUUGAUUGAUUCUAUCGUUUGGGUAAAACCGGGAGGUGAAUGUGAUGGAACAUCGAACACAUCGUCACCGCGUUACGAUGCCCACUGUGGUCUUCCCGAUGCCACUCCAAACGCUCCGGAGGCUGGUACAUGGUUCCAGGCAUACUUCGAAACCUUGGUGGAAAAGGCCAACCCUCCUCUAUAGAGUUCCGAAGUCUUUGACGGGGUGAUAUUGGCGGAAACUUGAGUAAAACGUUUGUUCCCUGAACGAUUCAUAAUGCAUACCCUUUGUAUCGAAUUUUGGUUGCGAGACCCAAUUUUGAGACUAGGCUCCGCUGUCGUGGACCACACCUUGCUUGAAUGCGGCGCACAUAGGGCGCGCGCCGUGAGUGGGUAAGCGAUGUGAAUGGUUCCAAAAACUGUAUCUGUACUAUGUAGUGAAGCGCAGAAGCGCUUACUUCUCUCACCCC